AUAUCAGCAGGUAAAUCUUCCUGAAGACCAAGCAGACAAGUUGCUCCUUGCAAGCUGGGGUCUUCCCAAAGCAGUUCUGGAGAGAUACCACAGUCUGGGAGUAGUACAGAUGUUUGAAUGGCAAGCAGAAUGCCUAAUGCUCGGACAAGUUCUGGAGGGGAAGAACCUAGUUUACUCAGCUCCUACCAGUGCUGGAAAGACUCUCGUUGCAGAAUUGCUUAUUUUGAAGCGAGUCCUGGAGACUCGUAAGAAAGCUCUUCUCAUCCUGCCCUUUGUCUCUGUGGCCAAGGAGAAAAAAUGUUACCUGCAGGCCCUGUUUCAGGAGGUGGGUGUGAGAGUUGAAGGCUACAUGGGAAGCAUGUCUCCUGCUGGACGUUUCUCUGCCCUGGAUGUUGCUGUCUGCACCAUUGAGAAAGCCAACGGUUUAAUCAAUAGACUAAUAGAAGAAAACAAAAUGGAUUCACUGGGAGUGGUGGUUGUGGAUGAGUUGCACAUGCUGGGGGACUCUCGUCGAGGAUAUCUGCUGGAACUCCUUCUGACCAAAGUCAGAUAUGUUACAGAGAAGGUUGCAAAAAGACAGGGGAAGAUGACCAGUCCUGGUUUUGGUGGGAUACAGAUAGUAGGCAUGAGUGCUACCCUCCCUAACCUGGGGCUCCUAGCCUCCUGGUUAGAUGCAGAGUUAUACUGUACGGAUUUUCGCCCCGUGCCCCUCAAGGAGCAGGUGAAAAUUGGCAGCAACAUUUAUGACUCCUCCAUGAAUUUACUGCGAGAAUUCCGGCCCAAGCUUCAACCGAAGGGAGAUGAAGACCACGUUGUGAGCCUAUGUUAUGAGACUGUUUGUGAUGGCCAUUCCGUCCUGCUUUUCUGUCCAUCCAAGAACUGGUGUGAGAAGUUGGCAGACAUCAUUGCCAGGGAAUUCUAUGGUUUGCAGCAAGCUGAGAGUUCUGCAAGAAACCCAGCCCUUGCCCCAGUUGGUGUGGACAGAGAAGGGAUCGAUGAGGUUCUGGAUCAGCUGAAGCGUUCUAUCUCCGGCCUGGACUCUGUGCUCCAACGUACUUUGCCAUGGGGUGUGGCAUUUCAUCAUGCAGGUCUUACUUUUGAUGAACGGGACAUCAUUGAAGGAGCCUUUCGCCAGGGCUUGAUUAGGGUCCUAGCAGCAACCUCCACGCUCUCAUCUGGAGUGAAUUUGCCGGCACGCCGAGUAAUUAUUCGAACUCCCGUGUUUGGUGGCAAACUGCUGGACAUUCUCACUUACAAGCAGAUGGCUGGAAGGGCUGGCAGGAAAGGAGUAGACACAGAGG